AUGUCCGCCUCGAGAUAUCGCAGUGUUUCGCUGAAGAACAGCUACAGCGAAGAACUGGAGUUGGCUUCGCUGCUCGUCCACAUCGAUAUUGUCAACGCAAAGGAGGAGGACGAUGAGAACCUGUACACGUCAAUCCAGCGGUUGCGGGACAGGACCAGUGAGCUGUCCUCUCAAGUGUCUCUGCUGGAGCGAUCGGGAUCUGCAGAAUUCCCGUAUCAGCAGAGCGUAGAGGAGCUGAGGGCCGUCCAGGACCAGCUCAGCGAACUGGUGGAGACUCGCAACCGCAGGCUGAUUGAGAAGAAAAGGAGAGAGAAAUUGAGGCAACAAAUAGCAGCAAAGCGCAGCUAA